CGACAUCAUGUGUAAUGGCAUAAGUGUGAUAGUUGGCCAACCGCACAUUAGGAGUGCGCUGCCGGUGGCCACGUCCCACGGCAGGAGGCGCUGCCAUACUGGAGGAUGCCGGCUGUUCUGCGAGAGACACGGAUGGAAUGGAAGGAGGAGCUGCCACAGUGGAGGUCGCCGGCUAGGAGGCUGGAGACACUGCUGGGAGUAAUUCGGCAGUGUUGGAGGUCACCGGCUGGGAGGCUGGAGAAACUGCCAGGAGUGAAUCGGCAGUGCUGGAAGUUGGUGUUGGCUGGGCUGGUUGCUGUGAGGCACGAACAACAGUUGGUUGCUGUGAGUCACGAACAGCAGCUGGUUCCUGUGAGUCACGAACACCCCCCCUUGCUGUUAAAGAGGGUACCACACUCUCAAGAGACUCCCCAUAUGAGCUACUGCCGCCAUGCACUCCAGCAGCAUGGGCCGCAUGGAAUUGUUGGUCGAGAGAAGCAUGGGGCUGCUGCAUGCCGUGUCCGCUGGAUCCUCUGCCACCAGUGGUGUUCCGACCACGCCCGCGGCCUCUCCCGCCACUGCCACGCCCCCAACCCUCUGGAUAGCCAUGGAGUUGGUGCAUCUCUUGAUACAGGAAGGACAAAUGAGGUUAGCUCUUAUGAUGACGAUGAAGAACUGCGGACGGAAGAACGGAUGGACCGUUCCAGGAGGGACAGUCGACCAGAGGAAAAUGGUGGAGCAGACAGGCUACAGACGGUCGACCGGAUGGACCAUUCAGUUGUCCACGGUCGACCGUCCAAGAGAAUGACGUUUCGUUGGGAGAUGAUCAAACGGUCGACCGUGAUGUGGAAGACGGUCGACCGUCUUCUGAGGCAGAAAGCUAGCGAUCCAGAACAGCUUCAGACGGUCGACCCCGUGGACCGUUCCACGGAUGGCGGUCGACCUUCCUCUUCCCAGCAAGCGGUGGAGAACUUAGGAUGUGGUCAACGGAAAGACUCGGUGGAGACAUAUAAAGCAAUGAAGGGCACAUUCAAUUCUCGUGGGUCCCGUUGGUUGACAAAAAGGUUUAUGAAUGCAAGAAACAAGAAUAAGAAGCCAAAGUUCAUUGGUACAGAUCACUGGGGAGUGAUGCUUCAGUAUUGGGCAUCUCUGGAGUUUAGAGUUAAGAGUGAGAAGACGAGAAGGAACAAGAAAAGUGAGAAGGCUAAACAGAGGCAAUACUACGGUGGUCGUCGCUCAGUCAGGGAGCAUGUGAAAAAGAUGGAGAUGGAGGAUAAAGUGGUUCCGACCCAGUUGGAGAUUAUUAACAGGUUGUUUCUCAAAAAAAGAGCGGAGCCGUCUGAAGAAGUUGCUCAAAUCAAGGAGAAGCUUGUCCAAAAGAAGCAGGCAGUGUCUAGAUCUCGCUCAAAUUCUGUGGAUAUGGAAGAUAUUGUUGAUGAAGAACUUGAAGAUGAUCUUGGAUUGGAGGGAUCUGGAAGUGCCGUGCCGGAGGAGGAGGAGAGCUUUGCCUUCAUGUCGACAGGAGUGGAUAUGGGGCGACAGGAGACCAUCCCUGCCCGCUCAAGGAUGUCGUGGGUGAACUGUGUCUAUGAAGGAAAAGACCCUGAGCUUUUGGGAGGUGACUUCACUGGCUUCGGCCAUGAUAGUGAGAAAGAGAAGAGGAGGCUGCCGGUGAGAGGAGGAAACGGCGGCAGUAGGGCUGCCGCAGGCGCGGGAACCAUGCCCUUACAAGCACCAAUGGCGGUGGCGUCGUUCCAGACGCCGGUGCCGCAGCCAUCACCUUUCCAGCCCCAGCUGGUCAGCGCCAUGGCCCCUGUCAACUUGGCCGGCGCACUAAACGCUGCAGGGCCGUCGCGUCCCCUGCAAGCUACGGAUCCGCAGAUCACUCCUGAUGGUCAUUGCGUCUCAAUUGAGAGUGAUGACGGCGAGUGGGACAUCCCGAGGGCCCACAAGAAGAAGAAAGGAAAAAAUAUCCAGCCAGCGACCUCCCGAAACUCCGCCUUCGAAAGGCUGGGGAUAGGGAGGAAGGCCAGAGGAAUCAAGAUCGACGCCCCCAGAUUCACCGGGAAGGAAGAUCCAGAAAUCCAUCUGGAUUCCUUCAACCAGAGUGCGACCAUGAACGGUUGCACCGAUGAAGAAAAGUGCCUUCUUUUCUUCCAGACCUUGCGGAAUCGAGCCACUGAAUGGUUCAAUAAGCUUCGCCCAGGAAGCAUUGAUUCAUUCAGUGAUUUGGCCUCAAAGUUCAAGGCCAAGUUCCCGGAGAAUUGUACUAAGAGGAAGAAAUUCACCUAUCUUAGUACGGCUGGGCAGAGGGAGUCUGAGAACCUUACUCAGUUCCUUACCCGGUGGAAGGAAGAGGUAGACAAGGUGGAAGAGAUGGAUGACAAGACCGUCCUAUCCCUCCUCUUGAAUGGCUUACGCGCUGGGGAGCUAUACAAGGAGUUCUGCCGGAAACCCCCAGCCACGUAUCAAGAGGCCUACCACACCGCAUGGGAGUUUGCUGAAGCUGAAACCCAGCUCCGGGCAAAGAGAGAAGCUGAGCAUGGUCACAAGCCCAAGCCGGUGCAAGUCAAGAAUGAAGAAGCACCGGGACCUAGCCGGCCGAGGCACCACUAUGACCCAAUGAUCGACAGUGGAGAGCUGGGCAAAGAUUAUUUGCAGAAAGCCCAGGAGAAGAGUCAUCAAUGGGUUAGGCCAACUGCCCCAGGGGAUGACCGGGACAACGACCGGCGGAGGAAUAACCGGCCAAGGGAGCGACAACCUGCUCCCGAAAAAGAGCACAUCGGCAUGAUCUUCGGCGGACCCGAGGGUGGAGAUUCAGCCGCGCAGCGGAAGAACUGGGUCCGGAGCAUUUACGUUGGAGAGGUAAGUGCUGAACCGCCCAGGCGUAAACAUACUAGGAGGGAGCCGAUCGUCUUUACUGACCGGGAUCUCCCUCCUACCGGUGAAGAUCACAAUGAUCCAUUGGUCAUCACCAUGGACAUUAAUGGGGUGGAUGUCGCCCGGGUACUUGUUGACACCGGCAGCAGUGUCAACAUCUUAUACCUGGAGACCUUCCAAAAACUCAGGUUGUGUCGAACACAACUUGAACCCCUCAAAACCCCUCUCUCAGGCUUCACGGGGGACACCGUUGAAGCUGAAGGAUCCAUAGUUCUACCGGUCGAAUUAGGAUCAGGUGAAAAGACCGUGUGGAAGAAGAUGCGGUUCAUAGUUGUGGACAUCAGAUGCGUCCACAACACAAUUCUUGGAAGGCCAGGCAUCAAUAGAGUCAGGGCGGUGAUUUCCAUGCCUCAUCUAUGCAUAAUGUUCCACACUCCAGGUGGUGUGGGUGAGGUCAAGGGCGACCAGAGGAACGCCCGGGAGUGCUAUGCCCGGGCAGUCAAGAAGAUGACCAAGGGGGUCAAUGUCAUCUCCCAAGAAAUCACAAAGGGAGAGACCCGGGAGAAAUUGGAGCCCGAGGCCGAGACGGUGGAAAUCGAACUUCACCCGGGUGAUUCUUCGAGGAUGGUCAGAAUUGGAGCAAAUCUUCCCGAGGAUCUCAAGGCACAGAUUACACGGGUCCUCCAACAAUACGCGGGCAUAUUCGCAUGGAGCGUGGCGGAUAUGCCCGGGAUAGAUCGCUCUGUUAUUUGCCACCGGUUGGCCGUGAGGGAAGGAAGUCGACCGGUACGACAGAAGAAGCGGUACCUGGCCAGUGACCGGCGAGAGUUCGUCAAGAAGGAAGUGAAGGACCUCCUCAGUGUUGAUAAAGUGAUCAAAGAGAACUUUGAAGUUCUCCCGGUCAGAAACAAUUGGGAAGUGGUCUGAUUGGGCUACCGGUCAGAAUUUAUAAGAGGCAAGAACAAAAAUAUCAAUCAAGAAACAAGCAGAUAUGCAAGAUCUACCGGUAUGGAAAUUAAACAUGGCAUUCAAUU